CCAACACGAACAUUUGAUCACGAUGAACAUGCAUUUCAUCGACAUAUUUGAACUAUCAUCUGUUUCUCUCCUUCUCUCCUCCUCCAGUGUGUAGCUUAUCUCUCGGAAUGGAAAGUCGCGCCAUAUCCGAUGCUCAAAUAUCUGCUUCAUCUCAGUGGGAUGCCAGCCACGCAGCCAUUCAGGGACGACUGAUUUUUCAAGCGGGAGGGGGAAAGGAAGGAGGAUGGUCUGCCAGAGCAAACAAUCAGAACCAGUGGCUUCAAGCGGAUCUCGGCAGCGUGAAAAAAGUGACACAUCUUGCAACGCAAGGAAGAAAUGCAGCAUCCCAGUGGGUAAAAAGCUACAUGGUAGAAUACAGCGACGAUGGUUCGACUUUUCAUGUUUACAAAGAGCAAGGCACCAAUUUCGACAGAAUUUUUUCUGCGAACAACGACCGAGAUACGAUCGUGUACAACUUUCUUAGCUCACCCAUAAUGGCUCGGUUUGUCAGAUUCAUCCUCGGACCUAUCAUGGCCAUAUUUCGAUGAGGAUGGAGAUUUACGGAUGUUAAGGUAAUUCUCAUUUAUAAUUGAAUUGAACGACAUCUUAGGAAAACAAAGUUGGAAGAAAACUUUAGAACUACUGAUGUCAACAGAUGACUGCGCGGAUCCUGAAAUAUAUAAGCAAUUAAUUCCUCAACCAAAUAAUUAUUUUUCUGUCUGUUUUGAACUUCUUUCAGAGCAACAGUGUAAGAGGUUGGAUAUUAUGUGGUGGCUCCAACUUAAGAUAUAGUAGUCAGUAAAAGAAGAUGAAGAGCCUCUCAGGAUUUACUUGUUCCGUUCAAAAGGUA